CAGAGAGAAAGUCUUCUCUUUGACUCUCGACACACACCCAUCAUCUCUCUUGAGAGAGGACAAACUCAAUUGAGAAUCAUUUUAAGUUUUUUUUUCUUUUUCCGUUUGACCCAACAACCGCAAUCGAAGAUAAUCGAAUUUCAACUUCUCAAAUCCUGUCUCUUGCUCCUUUCUCUUAUUUCCAAACCAGUUUGAAGAUAAACUAAAAAAACAGAGGAAAAAACAAAGAUUAAACCCAAAAAACCCAGAUGCCGAUUUUCAUCUCUAAUCUCUCUAUCUCCUCCCUUCAUCUUCUCACUCUUCUUCUUCUUCUACUUCUGGGUUUGUUCUUAAACCCUGUGAUUUCCGAUUCCAGAGGAGCGACCGUGGCUCAGGUAUGCAGCACCAACAGAACAACGCCGCCGCAGCAGAGAACUCUCUUCGUCUCCACUUUCCUCGCCGCCAUGGACGCCGUCUCUCCACUUGUGGAGGCUAAAGGGUACGGAGAAGUAGUCAACGGCGCCGGAAACAUAACCGUCUACGCUUACGGAGAGUGUAUGAAGGAUCUCGACAAGAAAGAUUGCGACUUGUGUUUCGCUCAGAUCAAAGCUAAAGUCCCUAUCUGCUUGCCCUUUCAACGAGGCACUCGUGGUGGUCGAGUCUUCUCCGAUGGUUGCUACAUCAGGUACGACGACUACAAUUUCUUCAACGAGACGUUAAGCCAGCAGGACGACAGGACGGUUUGUGCUGACAAGGAGAUAACCGGAGUAAACCGGACUCUGUUCCGGGAUAACGCGGCGGAGUUAGUGAGGAAUAUGAGCGUGGAGGCGGUGAGGAACGGCGGAUUCUAUGCUGGAUUUGUGGAGAGACGUAACGUGACGGUUCAUGGUUUGGCUCAGUGUUGGGAGCCUCUUAAUCGAAGUGGAUGUGUUGAGUGUUUAGGUCAAGCUUCAGAGAAAAUUGCUUCUUGUUUGGUUAAAGAAGAAGGUCGAGUUCUUAGCGCUGGCUGUUACAUGAGGUUUUCUACUCAGAAGUUUUACAAUAACUCUGGAAAUUCCACAUCAGAUGGAAGAAAUGGUGGUCAUAACCAUUUGGCUGUGAUUUUGGCGGUAACAUCUUCGGUGGUGGCUUUGGUUCUGUUGGUCACUGUUGUUGGUUUCUUGCUUAAAAAGAAACGCGCCAAGAAGCAAAGAGAGAAGAAGCAACUAGGGUCACUAUUCAUGCUUGCCAACAAAUCGAAUCUCUGUUUCUCCUAUGAGAAUCUCGAGAGGGCCACAGAUUACUUCAGCGACAAGAAUAAGCUAGGACAAGGAGGAUCUGGUUCUGUAUUUAAGGGAGUGCUUACUAACGGUAAGACUGUUGCGGUGAAGAGACUGUUCUUCAACACAAAGCAAUGGGUUGAUCAUUUCUUUAACGAAGUCAAUCUGAUUAGCCAAAUCGACCACAAAAACCUUGUGAAGCUCUUGGGAUGUAGCAUAACUGGACCCGAGAGUCUCUUGGUCUAUGAAUACAUUGCAAAUCAAAGCCUCCACGACUAUCUUUUCGGUUUAGGCUACAUGGCGCCAGAAUAUGUGGUACGAGGAAAACUGACUGAGAAAGCAGACGUUUACAGUUUCGGAGUUCUUAUGAUUGAAGUUAUAACCGGAAGACGUAACAAUGCCUUCUCACAAGACGGUAGUUCGAUCCUACAAACGGUAUGGAUUCUGUACGGUACAAGCAAUCUGGUCGAGGUUGUGGAUCCAGUUCUGGGGGAUAACUUCAACAAGAUGGAAGCGUCACGGUUGCUCCAGAUCGGGCUGCUCUGCGUUCAAGCAGCGUUUGAUCAGCGGCCUGCGAUGUCUGCGGUUGUGAGAAUGAUGAAAGGGACUUUGGAGAUUCCAACACCAACGCAACCGCCGUUUCUGAAUCCAGGGAGUGUACUAGAGAUGAGAAAGAUGAUGUCUCCCACGACAGAGUUUCGUCAUCAAGAUCAGUCUCAGUCUUCGGGUUCGAGGAGUAUUAACAACAUAUCUGAGAGUUUCUUCGAACCUAGAUGAGCUUUUAGAUCGGUUUAUAUCAGAAUCUUUUUGUGAUGGCUCUGAAUCUGUGUCAUAUGUACAAAAAAAUGAGAUGCCAAUUUAAUAGUAUGUAACUAAUUAAUGGUAACGUAUGAGCCACGGCAAUGUGCAAGAUAACUAAAUUUUGUAUUAGUUUUAAUUUCACAAAAUUAGUUUCUAAAACAAUUGAAAUGUGCAAGAUACAAUUUCUAAA